AUGCUAACUUUGACACCUUACUAUGCUCAGGCUAAUGGCCAGGUGGAAGCUGCUAACAAGGUACUGAUAGGUUUAAUCAAGAGGCAUAUAGGACGAAAGCCAAAAAGUUGGCACGAGACUUUAGACCAAAUCUUGUGGGCUUAUAGAAAUUCACCAAAAGAAGCCAUUGGAACUACGCCAUUUAAACUAACUUAUGGGCAUGAAGCAGUGUUGCCCACAGAAAUAUAUUUGCAAUCUUGCAGGGUGCAAAGGCAAAUGGAGAUUCCAAGCAAAGACUAUUGGAGCAUGAUGCUCGAUGAGAUGGUGGACUUGGAUGAAGAAAGAUUGUUAGCCUUGGACAUGCUAAUUCGACAAAAGGAGCGCAUUGUGAGAGCCUAUAGUAAAAAGGUUAAGUCUAGAUCUUUUAUUAGAGGUGAUUAUGUGUGGAAAGUUAUUUUGCCUAUGGAUAAGAGAAAUAGAAACUAUGGCAAAUGGGCCCCAAACUGGGAAGGUCCCUUCACAGUCAAGAAAGUGUUUUCAAAUAACGCGUAUUCGAUUAAGGAAAUAGGGUGCCAAGGGCGACGUGUGACAGUGAAUGGAAAGUGCUUGAAACCGUAUAAACCCAUGUUACACGAAAUCGAAAUUAAAACAUGA